GUGUCUGUGAAGAGUGACUGGUCUAUGGAUCAUCCACUAAAGCUUAGUGGACCUGGGUCAUUCCUGCCACCCAGACCAGAGGAAACAGAACCCAUCCGUAAGCAGUCAAAAAGUGAGCCAGAUGUUUUCAGAUCAAAUCUGAUGAAGAAGUUUCAGUAUGUGUAUGAGGGAACAGCAGAGCAACAAAGAUCUUAUUCACUCCUGAAUGAGAUCUACACCGAGCUCUAUAUCACAGAGAGUGAGAGUGGAGAGAUCAGUAAUGAGCAUGAGGUGAGACAGAUUGAGACACAAUCCAGGAGAGCAGCAACCGAGGACACGCCGAUUAAAUGCAAUGACAUCUUUAGACCUUUACCUGGACAAGACAGAGCCAUCAGAACUGUGCUGACAAAGGGAGUCGCUGGCAUUGGAAAAACCGUCUCUGUGCAGAAGUUCAUCCUGGACUGGGCUGAAGGGAAAGAGAAUCAGGAGAUCCACCUCAUAUUUCCUCUUCCUUUCAGAGAGCUCAAUUUGUUAUGGGACCAAAAACUGAGUCUUUCAGAUCUUUUGCAGAAGUUUUUCCCUGGAACUGAAGAAAUGAGACCAUUCAGUGGAGAAUAUAACGUUUUCUUCAUUUUCGAUGGUCUGGACGAGUGUCGUCUGUCUCUGGAUUUUCAGAGCAAUGUAAGGUUGUGGGAUGUAGAUGAAUCAGCCUCAGUGGACGUGCUGCUGACGAACCUCAUUAUGGGGAAUCUGCUUCCCUCUGCUCUCAUCUGGAUCACCUCCAGACCAGCAGCAGCUGAUCUCGUCCCCACUGAAUGCGUCCAUCGAGUGACAGAGGUACGAGGCUUCAAUGAGCCACAGAAGGAGGAAUACUUCAGGAAGAGAAUCAGUGAUCAGAGUCUGGCCAAUACAAUCAUCUCACACCUGAAGUCAUCAAGGAGCCUCUACAUCAUGUGCCACAUCCCAGUGUUCUGCUGGACCUCAGCCACUGUUCUCGAGAAGAUGUUGAGUCCAGCAGAGAGUGGAGAGAUUCCCAAGACUCUCACUCAAAUGUAUACACACUUCCUGAUCAUUCAGACCAACAUCAAACGUGAGAAGGACUAUGAGAAGAAGGUGACAGAUGAAGACAUGAUCCUCAAACUGGGGAAACUGGCAUUUCAGCAGCUUGUGAAUGGCAAACUGAUCUUCUAUGAGGAAGACCUGAGAGAGUGUGGCAUUGAUGUGACAGAAGCAGCAGUGUUCUCAGGAUUGUGCACUCAGAUAUUCAGAGAGGAGUUGAGAUUGCAUCAGGGGAAAGUCUUCUGCUUUGUUCAUCUGAGCAUUCAGGAACACCUAGCAGCUCUAUAUGUGCAUCUCUGCUUUACAGACAUAAAUGGGUUUGGACAGAGCAACAAACCAGAGACUAAAGUUUUGGAUUGGUUUCAGAAUAAUCCAGCAAAACAUGUUUCCUUAUCUGAGCUGCAUCAGAGAGCUGUGGAUGAGGCUGUACAGAGUAAAAAUGGACAUCUGGAUCUUUUCCUCCGUUUCCUUCUGGGGCUGUCAGUGAAGGUGAAUCAGAUUCUACUACUACAACUAAUAUCAUUGAGAGUAAGCAGCUCUGACAGCAAUGAGAAAACAGUUGAGUACAUCAAGAAGAAGAUCAGAGCCAUUGACUCUCCAGAGAGAUCCAUCAAUCUGUUCCACUGUCUGAAUGAAGUGGGUGACUAUUCACUAGUGGAGGAAAUACAUCAGUUUCUGAAAUCUGGAAGAAUGCACCGAGCCAAACUCUCUUCAUCUCAGUGGUCGGCUGUAGUUUUUGUGUUGUUGACAUCAGAGAAGGAGCUGGAUGAAUUUAAUAUUAAUAAUUUUUUUGGAGGAAACAAUAAAAUGGAAAAACUGGAAGUAACUGAGAAGCUGCUGCCUGUGAUUAAAGAAUCCAGAUCAGUACAGUUGAGUGAUUGUGGAAUCACAGAUAAAGGUUGUGCUGCUCUGGUUUCGGCUCUGAGUUCAAACCCCUCACACCUGAGAGAACUGAAUCUGUCUGACAAUAAUCUAGGUGAUUCAGCAGUGAAGCAGCUCUCUGGUGUACUACACAAUCCUCGCUGUAAACUGGAGAUACUGAAGUUGAGGAACUGUGGUGUCACAGAUAAAGGUUGUGCUGCUCUGGCUUCAGCUCUGAUAUCAAACCCCUCACACCUGAGACAACUGGAUCUGACUGAUAAUAGAAAUAUAAGUGGUUCCGGAGUGAAGCAGCUUUCUGAUGCACUGCAGAAUCCUCAAUGUAAACUGGAGAAACUGUGGUUGAUUAAUUGUGGUGUCUCAGAUGAAGGUUGCUCUGCUCUGGCUUUAGUUUUAAAAUCAAACCCCUCACAUCUGAGAGAUCUGAACCUGUCUCAGAAUAAAAUAGGAAAUUCAGGUGUGAAGCUGCUUGCUGUUGGACUGGAGGAUCCUCACAGUAAACUGGAGAAACUGUGGUUGAUUAAUUGUGGUGUCUCAGAUGAAGGUUACGCUGCUCUGGCUUUAGCUUUAAAAUCAAACCCCUCACAUCUGAGAGAUCUGAACCUGUCUCAGAAUAAAAUAGGAAAUCCAGGUGUGAAGCUGCUUGCUGUUGGACUGGAAGAUCCUCACUGUAAACUGGAGAAACUGUGGUUGUGUGAGUGUGGUGUCACAGAUCAAGGUUGUGCUGCUCUAGCUUCAGCUCUGAUAUCAAACCCCUCACACCUGAGACAACUGAAUCUGACUGGAAACAAACGAGGAGAUACUGGAAGGAAGCUGCUUAAUGAUCUAAAGAAUGAUCCAUGUUGUAAACUGGAGAGCCUGGGCCAAUAUUGUGAGUAUAUUCUUAUUUAAAUAUAUAAAUACCUGUUACGGGAUGUACGUGAGCCCAUUAACUUGGAUUAAGCCAUAUGUCGGUUUUGUAGUCUGUUGCAAACUGCUAAACUGAUUUUCCAUGAUUUUAACAACAGAAAGCAUGAUACUUUUUUAUGCUUUUGAAUUUGGUAAGUGGUGGAUUGACAAAUCAGUAGAUUGGAAUCAUAGAAUUAUAAGCCGUUUCCAAAAA